AAUUUCCAACGGAGAAUGUCGCCAGCCCCUUCGUGAACCCUCCUCUCUCCCGCCGUCGCCGCGGCAGCAACGCUGAUCAGCAAGCCUCUCGAGUACCCCGCGCAGCUAGUCCCGUCGCAGCAAACAAGUGGCAAGUCAGCCGCCGACAGCAGCAACAGUCAGUCAGUGGAGAGGCACAGCCGGCGGCGUCGCGCGGACGAGCCGACUAUCGCAUUCUGCGCGUCGACAGGCCAAAGCGAAAGCGAUAACUCCGGCUGCAAGUGAAGCAAGACCGUGUGGAAUUGGGAAGGCCCUGGACAUCUCUCAUCCCAAGUCUGCCUCCUCGCCACCUCCGCAAUAUCGGUUCUGGCCGUGGCAGAGCAUUCGAACCGACUUGGAGUGGCAGAACAAAUUCUCCAGCAGCAAGCUCCAUAGAGAGAGAGAGAUGGAGUGCAACAUCUGCUUGGAACCGUUCGACGCGACAGAGCGCCGCCCCAAGGUUCUCCGCUGCGGGCAUUCGUACUGCGUGAAGUGUCUGGGCCGCCUCGCCGACAAGAAGUGCCCUGUCGACAUGAAGGUCUUUGUUGGGAGAGCUGUGGGAUUGCCUGACAAUUUCUCCAUACUACAGAACCUGGAAGUGCCGUUGCCUCAGCGCUUCUGGUGCAUCAGCUGUGAGAAAGAGGCAGACGCUGCCUGUGUGGAGGACCACCCCGUGCGCAGCCUGAGGAAGGUCCGCACCCAGGAGGCAUUGCAGCGCGUGAAGGCCCUCGACGAGGCCAAGGCAGCGCUGGCCAGUGUGCGCGAGUCUGUGUCCGCCGCGGCGAAGGGCCUCAAGGCGACGCUGCUGAGAGAGGAGCAGAGACUGACUGCAAGGCAGGGCCGCCUGCAGGCAACAGUCGGGGCCGAGGCCGCCAUUUGGGAGCAGGCCAAGAAGGACGCGGCGCUGGACGGGCUGCCGCAGGCCUUGUUGGACCUCUCCGCCGCCGUGACCGACCCCACCGCCGCGUGCGCCGUGACGCUGCGCCGCGGUGCCGCUGGAGACGCGGCGUGGCGCUGCGAGGUGCGGCCCGCGAAGGACGACUCGUCCAGUCUGCUGCUGUGCGUGCUGGCGGCCAGCGGGCAGCUGCAGCAAGAGGAGCAGGCCGAGCAGGCGUCCGGGCAGGACGCCUCGCUCAUAGCGCCAGGUUGGGUGGAGACCAGCAACCAGGCCGAUCCUCUAUGUAGGGAUCGGUGGCAUAAGGGGUGCCGGGUAAAGACCGCCCACGGACUUGGUGCCAUCUCGGAGGUCAUCUCUGACAGGUACUCCACGGUAAAGGUGAAGAUUGAUCGCUCUGCGCAGCUUGUAGAAAGCUAUUUCUACGACAUGUGGCCAGUGCUAGACCCGUGGGGCUUGAUCUGUGAGGUGACUCCAUCAGCUCUUGACGCGCUCGCCACAAGCAGCAGCACACAAACCAAGGACAAGGCGGAUUUGUUGGCGAGUGAAAGUCUGCAGACGGUGCUGACCCUGACCGGCCUGGACUGCUCCACGUCGGCUCCGUUCUGCCAGCAAGUGCUGCAGCGGGUUGCGCCCCGCCUGGAGCGCCUGCAGCUCGUGCGCCCCCAGCAGCAGCACGUGGACCAGGCCCUGGCGAUGCCUCGCCUGCACAGCCUGGCCCUGGUGGACGUCAAGAAGGAGUGGCUGCCGAAGGUGGUGGCGAUGGAGUCCCUGCGCUUCCUGGAGCUGCACUGCAAAUUCGAGGACGCCCUGGCCGACCCCCUGCCCGUCUUCUCGCGCCCCGCGCCGCCUGCAGGCCUGCGCUGGCUGCGCUGUGGCUUCUACCCGCUGCGCGCCGCCCUGGCCUUGGCGCGCGCGCACGCCGACACCCUUGAGGAAUUGCAGCUGGUGGCGGACACAAACAAGCCGUACGGGUGCCCCGACCUGGCGCUGGAGGUCAAGCUCUGCGGCCUCAAGCGUCUGAAGCGGUUGGUGCUUCAGCGUGUGAACGCAUACGGAUCUCUCUGUGGGCAUGAAUAUUGUCAGUCGCAGAAACUCGCUCUCUGGAACAUGUUUGUUGGAUGCGGCGCUACAGUGGAGGUGCUGUGUUCGCGGUGUGACGUCAGUUCUAUGCCUUAAGCUCCACCCCCGGCCCCCUAACAUAGAUUGAGUUUAUUUUGUAAGUAAUCUGAAUGUCAUAUUGAUGCUAAUUUGUACAUGAUCAUUGUAAGCGCAGUUUAUGCAAGGUUUUUAUUUUUUUAGAGCUUUUAAUUGUUUUCUAAUUUAUUUUCUUACGUGAUUAAAACUGGGAACUGUGCAAGAAAAUAAUUUUGUUUUUUCGUGGAAAAUUUAGGCGGUGCUCCAGCCUCAUUUGCGCACUCCUCUUGCUGGUAUUUUUUUCGAGGAUAGAAAUUAUCACGUCAAUCUAGCGUUACUUAAGUAUUUAUUGUAUUGUCGAGGUAUAUCGGCAAAGAACGAUGAGUAUAAAUAUACGCACUUAAAUUACAGACGAA